UUUAAUUAAAAUAUUAAAAAUCUGUUACGUACCAUUCCACUGUGAACUAGGAGCGGUGACAUUUCUGAUUUCACGCGACUUGCUUGAGCGCACUUGACUUGUAAAAAUCAUGAUCAUGUCUACAACAACUUUUACUUUCGCCGCCUUCUUGUUAAUAGGGUCCACAAUGGCAAUUUCGGUCCAGUGCCCCUCAAAGAGAUACGUUGUCAUACUAUUCCAACCAGUCACCCUGACUUGCAACUACCAGACAUCCUCUACCCAGCCACCAGUGGUGACCUGGAAGUACAAGUCUUUCUGUCGGGACCCUAUCCAGGCAGCCCUCAACCCGAGCAGUGCUGAAAAUGCCAUAUCACAGGUUAACCCAAACUAUAACCCCAAUAUUGAGUGCUCAGACAGCGCGCGGACCAUUCGCAUUGUGGCUUCCAAGCAGGGAAGUAGUGUCACCCUUGGGAACGAGUACCAGGCUCGCAAGAUCAGCAUCAUCAAUGAUGCUGACCUAAACAUAGCGCAGACGGCCUGGGGUGAUAGUGGAGUCUAUGUCUGCUCUGUAAUUUCUUCCCUGGACCUCACGGGAAACAGUGAGGACUAUACCGAGCUCAUAGUUUUGGAGAGAAAGUCUAAUACUACAGACCUCCUGCCUGGCAUUGACUUACUGGUCAUGGAAGAUUGGUUGCUGGUGGUGUUAGUGGUGCUUGGCUUUCUACUCCUCCUGCUCUUCAUCGCCAUUUGCUGGUGCCAGUGCUGCCCACACACGUGCUGCUGCUACGUGAGCUGCCCCUGCUGCCCUGAGCGGUGUUGCUGUCCUAGGGCAUUGUAUGAAGCUGGAAAGGCCGUAAAAUCUGGUGUGCCGAGCCACUACGCCCCGACCCUCUAUGCACCCAGCAUGUAUGCCCAACCACCCUAUGGUGGUGCUGUGCAGAACCCCAUAGCCAUUCCCUUGCUGCCCCAGCCCAUCAACCCCGUUUCCCAACCCAAUGGCUAUGGUCGUGACUAUGAUGGUGCCAGCUCCGUUGGGCAGGGCUCCCAGGUUCCAUUGCUCAAUGAUCAGGACAGUGGGGGCAACACAACACGCAGUGGCUAUCGCAUCCAGGCUAACCCAGAUGGAAAUGCCACACGAGUACUCUACUACAUGGAGAGGGAGCUGGCUAACCUCGAUCCCACCAGGCCUGUCAACAGCUCCGGCAAUUACCACCGCUUGGAUGGGAUGAGCGAGGUCAGCUCUUUACAUGAGGAUCUGGAUCCCCGCACUCGAGGGCGGUCACAGCCUCCUCCUCUGGCUACAGUUUUUGAUCAGGAUGAGAACAUGAGCACCAUCAGCAGUGUUUCUCAGCAGGGUCGGCGUGAUGACUAUGCCAGACGAGGAGGUGUGCCUUCAAGGGGCUAUAUGGCUACCCGAGGACGUGCACGCUCAGUGGACAACCUGGAUGAUGUUGGCCGUGGUUACCGCGACCGUGAUGACUACCCUCUCAAUCGGCGUGAGGGAGGAGCCAGAGGAGGCCGGAGAGGUUCUGAUGACGAAUGGAGCAGCAGUGGCCGUAGCGACUAUAACCGCUAUGAUCGCAAUAGACGUGACUAUUUACCUGAUGACCGCUGUCCUGGUGGGGGUUACCAGGGCAGACGUAGCCGCAGCCGUGAUGAUCUGAUGGAGCUGGAACGGGAUCAUGGGAGAGGAGGGCAUCAGCCCUAUGAUGACAGCUUCCUGAAGGAGGCACUGCAGAGGAAGAAGAUGGGCGAGCAGCAUCGGACCCGCAGUCGGGAUAGGCUGGACAGCGAGAGCGAUCGCUCAGAGCGCAGCCGGGGAGGACGAGGCCCACCGCCUCUGCCUCUCACCCCGCCCUCCUCCUACCCUGAUCGUAGGCCUCACAACGACAUGUUCCCACCCCCUCCUCCACCCUACAGUGAAGAUGAGAGUGUGGCGUCCUCCAAGAAGAGCAACUUGCGCAAGAAUGGAGCGGUGAGUCGGGAGAGUUUGGUCGUGUAAUGGAAAGUUUGACUGCGCAUCUUUUUUCGAUAUGACAAACCGACCUUUUUGCUUUAGUUCUGUUUUUGUCCAUGAUUACUACUUCUGUUGUGUAAAUUGCAUAGUAUGACAUUUUCUAUAUUUUUUUUUUUAUUUUAUUAAAAACACCAAUUAGGGGUAUAGCUUGCUUUUGACAGUGAUGGCCCUAUAUGCGUAGACUGUAUUGACAGAAAAAUAAAUCAGUCCUUUGAUAGCAUGCCUUUUUUUAUGAAUGGUACAUUUUUACAGCCUUUUUUUUAACAAUUACUGGUUCAUUUUGUAGAUUAAUCAUAAAUACUUUUAACAGAAUUCAUCUGUGAAAAUCUAAAAGCUUUAAAAUACAUGCUCAGUUGUUUGUAUACUUGUACAUUAUAUUUACAAUGCUUCAUAUGUUUUAGCAGUGAGUUGUUAAAGCUGUUGUCUUUCUAGGUGGACAUGACUGUUCACUUUAGCUACCAAUCAUUUAAAUUUUUUAAAAUAUGGUAAUUUUUCAACAAAAUUCUUUGUAAUACUUUUUGGUUUCCUUCUCUGAGUGUUGGAAGGUAAUUUAUGUUUCAGGAAUGUUGUUGCUUAUUAUAUGUUUAAUUUUGUACAGAUGAAUGAGAAAUUGGGGAGAUUA